AUGAAUGCUGUCGCUACUAGACCCGAGAGCGCGCCGUUUACGUCUCCCCAAUCCGUUUACGACUACAAAGAUUCCACAUACUCAGUGAUGGUACAGCCGGUCUCUUCUCGGACGUCAUCGGUUUCGUCCUUCAAAACCAACUACAGCGUGUCAACCGCCCCUACCUGUUACUCCCCAACUUCUCCGAGCUCCUCGUACCGUCAAUGUGAUUCUGCUGCCUCCUUGGACAAGAUCCUCGAGUCGGUCUUCAAGCGACUCCCUUAUGAAGUAUACGAGACCAUUCUAGACCAGUUGUACAAUUUGCACACCGGUCCCAACCAGACCGGGUGUCUAACAUGCUAUCAACGCGAUCUACAUGCUCUCUCGCUGACCUGUCGGCCCUGGGAACGGGCUGUCAGAGCUAAACUGUACAACCGAAUUCACAUCAUCGGAAACGAUUCGCCGUCCCAAUUGAAGAAAUACAGGCUGAAAAGAGGAAGUCGGUUGAAACUGUUGAGGCGGACUCUCAGGGAAAGGAAAUUGCUGGCCAAUCUCGUCCUCGAACUUCGCGUCCCGCAGAUGGAUCUGCUAUUCACAAACGGCAAACAAAGCUCUCCAUGGCAAGAGUAUCGCGAUCUGGUCGCAUCCGUCGUCAUGGUCUGCCCUAACCUGGAACGGUUAUUGGGUUUUUCUAUUCCGUACAAUCACGAAUUCGACCGGCUCACUCAUGCGUUGUCCACCCGGCGGAAGUUGAAAGAGCACACGUGGAUCUUGGGCGAGGCUCCCGAAGCUUCGGAAGGUUCUCCUCGCAGCACGUCUUGUCCCGGAAGCCUGGGCCCCUUGCAGAUGUUCGAGUUUCUCGACUACCACGUUUCGUGGACUAAUUUAGAAACUCUGAUGCUUUAUGGGCUGACCGAAAACAGCGCAUUGGAGCCGAGCAUCUUUCUUCGUAUGUUCAGCCUCCUGCCCUCGUUGCAAAACCUGUGCAUUUCGAAUUUCAACGAAGACGCCUUUGCGGACAGCGCUUUGCUCUGUUUACCCCCCUUGAGAUCUCUUCGGUUGGAGAGCCUUCCCGGUGUCACGGACACGGGUCUGGCGCAGUACACUUCGCGCCCGGAAUCAAGUUCACUCCGCACGCUGGCUCUCAUCGAACAGAACGUCGAAUCGAUGUUAGUGAUUUCGAAGAUCCUGGCAUCGUUGGGACAACUCGAGCACUUCAAAAUCGUCCAGAGCGACAAAUCACCGACCUUGGAUACGGACGGCAUCGUUUUCCAGCCCUUGUUGGCUUCAUCAAGUCUCCGGCACAUGCAUUGGGAUGUAGCCUGUCCGGACCCGCAUACGGCCCUGACCAAACUUGAUUACGCUCCUUUUGCCAAGCCCCCAAGUCAUAUCGACGCGCCAAAUUCUCACCUUGCACAAAGCAUUCUUGCCGGGGGAUUCCCUCGCCUAGAGGCUCUCCGUGCGCCCUCUGACGUGGAGCCGCCAGGUGUUCUCCAGGGCGUAUGUCAGCCGAUCCCGCGUGGACAGGCGCUGCUCCAGCCAGACCGAUAUAGUCUUCCCCGCAGCUCCCAUGGCUCUGUCAAAACACGCCCCAUGGCCCUACCGGGUGGAAAUAAUUUGACAUCUGCCCGGAUCCGCGCACAGACAUGGAUCGAUAUCGCUGCGAAAGACACGGAAACUGGCAUGAGGGUGCUGAUCACCGACCACUCGGACUCUUACGUACCUGAUAGUGCGCUGGAGGAAGAGGAGGGCUUGUCGGACGAGGCCUCGGAUCUGGGUAUGGAAGAAUUUGGCGCGUGCGGGUCACAGGAACGCCAGAAAGACGGCGAAAACGCGGAAUCCGAGGAUCCAGACGGACCAGUUACCGUAUACGAUUUCAGAAUGCCUGCUUACAUGGGAAGGAUAGGCACCACCACCAGCAUGAAGGACGUGUCAAUCCCACGCUUCAUUCUUCGUCCGGAUAUCCACGGGCAAGAAGCCGACGGAGGUCUGGUUGGCUGGAAACAUAUCCUUGCUUCCAACCAAUCGCUCACGUAUGCAGCGGGUGUUGGUGUAAAUUGCUUCGGUAACAAGGGCAUUCCCACUCCACCCCCUGAUGAGCCAUCAUCGCCCGCGUCGACUCCAGGCACACGGUUUGGAUGGGGUAGCAUUGGCAAUCGCUCAGCAUUGGGGACGAGCCCAAACACACCCACCACCCCGUCCACUCCGAUGAGUCUUGCGUCCACAACCGCGCUUCCCUGGGAGAAGGAUACAUGCACGGGAUCGUGGAACUAUAGCCAUAAGAAUGGCCGUGAUUGGUGGUUUCACAUGGAACGAGAGCGUCCAAAAAACAUCGAAAUAGUUGAUAUUAAGCGACUGUUUUAG